AUAAAUAACCUCGUUGAAACCAAUUGGAUCGAACACAAGGAGAUUUGAUCGCACGGUGACAUUUUCGGCUGUGCAUUCUUGUACCGAAAACCAUAAACCCUGUCACCAAUCACCGCAAGGCCUGGAGUCUCUCUAAGGCUAGUUCUUCUUCCAUGCGACUUACCAGAUCUGUUCUUCCCAGUCUGACACUAGCGUGAAGCUCCAAUCGUUCCUAAAAUGGUGCUCAAAGCAACUGCAAUAUUCUUUGCGAUCUUACUAUAUUCAAUUUCAGUCGCUUCCGCUGAUUCAAUCCAUGGUUGCGGCGGAUUCGUCGAGGCAAGUUCGUCCUUAAUCAAGUCCAGGAAGCUGAAUGACGGAAAGUUGGAUUAUUCUCAUAUUACGGUUGAGCUUCGAACAGUGGAUGGACUAGUCAAGGAUAGGACUCAAUGUGCUCCUAAUGGCUAUUACUUCAUUCCGGUGUAUGAUAAGGGUUCCUUUGUAAUUACGAUAAAUGGACCAGAAGGGUGGUCUUGGAACCCGGAUAAGGUUCCUGUUCUUGUUGAUGACACUGGGUGCAAUGGGAAUGAAGACAUAAAUUUUCGUUUCACAGGGUUUACAUUAUCCGGUAGAGUUACAGGUGCUGUUGGGGGAGAGAGCUGUUCAAACUUGAAUGGUGGUCCCGCUAAUGUAAACGUGGAACUUUUAUCUCCUAGUGGCGAUGUUGUAUCUUCAGCAUUAACUUCAUCUGAAGGGAAUUAUAUCUUCUUGAAUAUUAUUCCAGGGGUAUAUAACUUGCGUGCUUCACAUCUCGACUUAAAAGUUGAAGCUAGAGGUUCCACAGAGGUGGAAUUGGGCUUUGGAAACAGUAUUGUCAAUGAUAUUUUUAAUGUCCCAGGUUAUGAUGUUCGUGGAUUUGUUGUUGCUCAGGGAAACCCGAUAUUGGGAGUUCAUUUUUAUUUGUUCUCAGACGAUGUCAAAGAGGUUGAUUGUCCACAAGGUCCUGGUAAUGCUCCUGGACAAAGAAAGGCUCUAUGUCAUGCUGUAUCUGAUGCUGAUGGGAUGUUCAGAUUCCAAGCAAUACCCUGCGGCCGUUACGAACUUUUGCCGUACUACAGGGGUGAAAAUACUAUUUUUGAUGUUUCACCUAGCAUCAUUUCUGUGAAUGUUGAGCAUCAACACAUUACAAUUUCUAAAAAAUUUCAGGUUACUGGAUUUUCUGUUGGGGGCCGUGUUGUUGAUGCAAAUGAUGUAGGAGUCGAAGGUGUCAAAGUUAUAGUGGAUGGUCAUGAAAGAGCCGUCACUGACAAGGAAGGAUUCUACAAGCUUGNGGAGGUAACUUCUGGCCAUUAUACCAUUGAAGCUAGAAAGGAGCACUUCAAAUUCAACAAAUUGGAGAACUAUUUGGUACUUCCAAACAUGGUUUCUGUUGCUGAUAUCAAAGCAACUUUUUAUGAUGUCUGUGGUGUUGUUCAGACUAUUGGAGAUGGUUACAAGACCAAGGUAGCAUUGACUCAUGGGCCAGAAAAUGUUAAACCUCAAGUCAAACAAACAGACAAAAGUGGCAAAUUCUGUUUCGAGGUCCCACCUGGUGAAUAUCGCCUGUCUGCUAUGGCAAUUUCUCCAGAAAGUGCUCCUGGACUAUUGUUCUCGCCAUCUUAUGUUGAUGUUACAGUCAGAAGCCCCUUGCUGAAUGUUGCUUUUUCACAGGCCGUAGUCAAUAUACAUGGUUCUGUAACAUGCAAAGAGAGAUGUGGUGCAUCAGUAUCUAUUGCCCUUCAGAGAUUGGCUGGUAAUCUUAUUAGUGAAAAGAAGACUAUCAGUUUGACAGAUGAGAGUAAUGAGUUUCUAUUUCAAGAUGUCAUCCCUGGAAAAUACAGGAUAGAGGCUUCACACUCAUCCAUUCAAGGCGUGGUUGGUAAAGAUGAUUGGUGCUGGGUGCAAAAUUCAAUUGAAGUGGAUGCCAGCAUUGAGGAUGUACAUGGAAUUGAAUUUAUUCAAAAAGGUUACUGGGUUAAUGUUGUAUCUACUCAUGAUGUGGGUGCUUAUAUUUUUCAAAUGGAUGGGCCACUUAUGAACUUGAAAAUCAAGAAAGGUUCCCAGUACAUAUGCGUGGAAUCUCCUGGAGUGCACGAAGUUCAUUUUUCCAACUCUUGUAUCUUUUUUGGGAGUUCAUCAACUACAAUAGACACAUUAAAACUAGAGCCGAUCUAUUUGAGAGGAGAAAAAUUUCUACUAAAGGGGCAAAUUAAUGUUGAUCCUGUCUCACUUGGAGUAUAUGAAUUACCUGAAAGUAUUCUGUUGAACAUUGUUGGUGCGGGAGGCAGUGUGAUUGAUAAUACUGAAGCCAAACUUACCUCCGAUGCCAAGGAUCAAUCAAAUUCUGCCUUGUAUGAGUACUCUGUCUGGGCUAGCUCUGGAGAGGAACUCACAUUUGUUCCUGUGGAUACCAGGAAUCAGGAGAGGGAGAUCUUGUUUUAUCCUAGAUGGCAUCAUGUAUUGGUGAAAAAUGAUGGAUGUCAAGAUUCUAUUCCUAUGUUUUUUGGUCGGCUGGGUUUAUAUAUUGAAGGAUCAGUUUCUCCCCCUCUUUCUGGGGUUCAUAUCAGGAUUAUUGCUGCUGGAGAUAGUUCCAUUGCUUCCCUCAAGAGUGGGGAGUUGGUACUUGAAACUGCCACUGAUAUCGACGGUUCAUUUGUUGGGGGUCCUUUAUAUGAUGACAUAACUUACAGAGCUGAGGCUAUGAAGCCCGGCUAUCAUCUGGAGCGUGUUGGACCUUAUUCGUUUUCAUGUCAGAAGCUUGGUCAAAUUUCUGUGAAAAUUUAUUCUAGAGACAAUAGUGAAGAACCGAUUCCUUCAGUGCUGUUAUCUCUGAGUGGUGACAAUGGUUAUAGAAACAAUUCAGUGUCAAAUGCUGGUGGAGUAUUCCUUUUCAAUGAUCUUUUCCCUGGAACUUUCUAUUUGCGUCCGCUACUGAAGGAGUAUGCUUUCUCACCGGCAGCUCAGACAAUAGAACUUGAUUCUGGGGAAUCCAAAGAAGUUAAUUUCCAGGCUACCCGUGUGGCUUACAGUGCUAUAGGUGUGGUGACGCUACUAUCUGGCCAACCAAAAGAAGGUGUUUCGAUUGAAGCCAGAUCAGAAACAAAGGGUUAUUAUGAGGAAACGAAGACAGAUGCACUCGGAAAUUAUCGUUUGAGGGGACUGCUCCCUGAGACAAAUUACAUCAUUAGAGUAGUUCAAAGAGAGGAUCAGGGCAGUGCCAGAAUUGAGCGUGCAUCUCCUGGAGCAAUAACUGUCAAGGUUGUAUCAGAGGAUAUUAAGGGAUUGGAUUUUCUGGUCUUUGAACGCCCUGAAUUGACCAUUUUGAGUGGCUAUGUUGAAGGAAAGAAAAUUGUGGGACUAAAGUCAGGUUUGCAAGUAGAAAUCAAGUCAGCUAGUGAGACAUCUAAAGUCGCGUCCGUAUUCCCUUUGCCACUUUCAAACUUUUUUCAGGUAAAGGGCUUACCUAAGGGUAAGUACCUUGUGCAGCUACGAUCUAGUGAGCCGUCAAGCACCAUCAAAUUCGAGUCUAGCAUAAUUGAGGCUGACUUGGAGGAGAACAAUCAAAUUAACGUGGGCCCACUAACAUACAAAUAUGAAAAUUGUCACCACAAACAGGACCUUACUGCAGCACCGCUGCUCCCGCUCGUUAGUGGAAUCUUUGUGAUUAUACUUUUCUUCAGCAUUCCGAGAAUUAAAGAUUUUUACCAAGCCACGGUGGGCUCAUCAGCAUCAUCUGGAUUCGCUGUAACUACAAAGAAAGAACCACGGAAAUCAGUUUUGAGAAAAAAGACAUACUAAGAGAACCAACCGUCUUUCAGUGUCUGAGAGUGCAAGCAUCUUCCAUUUGGUCAAAUUUUCGGUUAGCUCGAUUGGCAACCUAACGCAGCUGGGAUACGGUAGGCGUACAAUCUUAGUAGUUAAUUAAACUUAGAGAUCAAUGUUUGUUGCAACCUACUGGAAUUGAAUAGAGCUAGACGUUCUAUAGGUUGUACGACUGGGACCUUGAGUUCUUGAGGCCAAUGUUUGUUCUAAACUUUUGACAUGUAGAUCAACGACUGGUCGAGGUGGUAGUCCUUGUACACAAUUUUGAUCUCUAGGCUUGAUGAUGCAAUGUUUAUUUGCCACCAUGUGAGAUUCAUUCUUGUAGGAGUUACUCAGUAUUUAGUUAACUUAUUUCCACAUUUGGAACAGAUGAGAAAUAAAUUGAAAGACCAUUGGUAGGUUUUGAUGUUUGAUUUCA